AUGUCUCCCAUCGUCCGUCCAAUUGUGUGCAGUUCCAUCAUAUAUUUUCAGAGUCUUGCCAUCGCCGCAGAACUACACACAGGGAAUCAUAGACCUGUUCCAGAAAACCGUUACACAGUGGGGGUUUUUGUGGUAGCAGAGGAAGGGAAAGGGUUGAACAUCCCCGGAUAUGUUGGGCCGGAGAGCCCUCUUGGUAUCGUUGGCAGAUAUGGUAGUAUCCGCUGUCCUUUGAUCCUCCUCGCCGCUUCACCUUGGGCGGAGUUGAAAAUGUUAGUUGGUCAUGAGGAAGGGAGGCGUCCGUGCAUGGUCAGAGAGACGGCGGGCUCCAAUAACAUGGAUUUGGACCGAGCUCGAUACCAAGCAGAAAAACCGUUCCGCCACAUCAAACCACGAGAAAAUGCGGAGGUCGCUUUCAUAGGCCUGGGAGUCCUGGUGGUCAUGCCAGAUGACACUCUGGGCGUGUCUUCACACUAUCCCAAGUUGGAUUUAGGAAUCUUUAGUGCAAGUCAACACCGUUGA